CAACCUAAAAAUCUCUUACAGACUGUUCAAUCCCAGAGAAGCGAAUCGAUUUGAGCCAAAUCGAAGAUGGGGAAAGGAUUGCUUGAUCUAGAGAAGCAAUUCUCCUUCUACGGUGCGUAUCACAGCAACCCGGUGAACGUUCUCCUCCACAUCAUAUUCGUUUGGCCCAUCUUUUUCACCUCCCUCAUCCUAUUCUAUUUCACCCCUCCUCUUUUUCAUCUGCCGGUCUUCGGUGGCCUCGACCUCAACUUCGCCUUCAUCUCCGUUGUCUUCUAUUCCCUCUUCUACGUCGCACUCGACAAGAAGGCCGGAUCGCUCGCCGCUCUCCUUUGCUUCCUCUGCUGGUUCGGAAGCCAAGCCCUCGCUGCUGCUCUCAGCUUCUCUCUCGCCUGGAAGGUUGAAUCCCUUUGCUUCUCUUUUUUGGUUUUGUUUGCUUCUUUGAAAUUGGAUUUUCUUAUCUUUGUUUUUUG